UCCUGGAGGAUUUCAACAUGACGGUUCGUCUAUCACGGAUCCAGCUGGCCCUGUUCUUUAUCCUGCUCUGUCCGGUCAACAUCAUCGGACUGUGGUGGGCGGUGGGCAGUCCGCUGGUCAUGGACCCCAACAGCAUAUGCAGGAAGGCGAAGCGUCUGGCGGGGAAGCAGGCUGAGCUGUGCCAGACUCAGCCGGAGAUCGUCAGCGAGGUGGCCAAAGGGGCCAGGCUGGGCGUCAGGGAGUGCCAGUACCAGUUCAGGUACCGCCGGUGGAACUGCACCAGCCACAACAAGUACUUUGGGAAAAUACUUCAGCAAGAUAUCCGGGAGACGGCGUUCGUUUAUGCCAUCACGGCGGCCGGCGUGACGCACGCCGUGACCCAGGCCUGCAGCAUGGGAGACCUCCUGCAGUGUGGCUGCGAGGCGACCAGGAACAGAGCACCUCCGAGGCCGGCUUCGUCUCCAUCCUCUGGGGACGGCGUCAAGUGGGAGUGGGGCGGCUGCGGAGACGAUGUGGAGUUUGGUUAUGAAAAGUCCAAACAGUUUAUGGACGCCAAGCGGAGGAGAGGCAAGAGCGACAUCAGGACGCUCAUCGACCUGCACAACAACGAAGCCGGGAGGCUGGCAGUGAAGCUCUACAUGCGGACUGAGUGCAAGUGCCACGGCCUGUCGGGCUCGUGCACCUUGCGCACGUGCUGGAAAAAGAUGCCUCAUUUCCGUGAGGUAGGCGACCGCCUGCUGGAGCGCUUUAACGGCGCUUCCAAAGUGAUGGGCGGCAAUGAUGGCAAGACCCUGAUCCCUGUGGGCCAGAACAUCAAGCCGCCAGACAAGCAGGAUCUCAUCUACUCAGACGAGUCUCCAGAUUUCUGCCUCGCAAAUCGGAAAACAGGCUCGCUGGGAACAAGGGGCCGCAUGUGCAACAGCACAGCCAUGGACAUCAGCGGCUGCGACCUGUUGUGCUGCGAGCGAGGCUACCGGGAGGAGACGGUGGUGUUUGAGGAGAACUGCUUGUGUCGUUUCCACUGGUGUUGUGUUGUCCAGUGCAAGAAGUGCUUGGUCCGGAAAGAGCUCAGCAUCUGCCACUGAUGAACUGGGCUGAAGCCGGUCACAUUACUCGGUUCAUUAAAACUACUUCUGUUACUGUUUCUGACGUUCUUGCUUUAGUUUGGCUCGUAGGAAAGAAGGAAGGGAUUCUCACGAUGAUCCUUUUUAUUUCCAUGUCUGACAGUCGAUGCCCCCAGAAGACGUUCAUUUGAAAUCAAUCUUCUUUUGGUUCCCGUGAGUUUAAGAGGUGGCAGCCAAAAGAGACACCGCAUGGAAACAAGAAGGACUUUCUUUUCUGAGCUACCUAUUGUUUUGUUUCCUUGUUAAUGAGAAAGGACCAGAGAAUGUUCUAUUUUAAUGAAACAGCAGGACUUAUGCAGCCCUGCAUGGAGGAGAUCAGCAGCAGAGCUCGGUGUGGCCUCAACCAUCAGCCUGUUUCACCCAACUUCAUAAACUGACUAUGAAACCCUUUAAGCCUAUAAUGACUGUUUUGUUUGUUUCGUUGUGCUCUCUGCUAUUUAAAUCUGUCAGAGUCGUCGCUGUCUUCAGAACAACAGACAGAUUAGGGUUACGGCCCAUGAUCCCGUGCUUCCAUUCUGCUUCCACAUGUGUGUUCUGCUAUCUGACGGUAAACAAUCAUAUACGUGAUUCCACUUCACCAAGAAUCAGAACAUCUUUACAUCCUACAUCCCAGAAUACAUUGUUCAAUGCAAAUACAGGAAGAUGCUGGUCUGGAGUCAGUUUUUCUGCUCCUUUGAAAUUAUGGGGGGAAAAAAAAGAAAAAGAAAAAGAAAAGGGAAACGGUCUCACAUUUUGAUAUUUGAAGAACGCUCUCGCCGCCGUGCUGCCAGCAGAGACUCUUAUUUAUGUACAGACGUGACGAUAGGACGACUCACUUCCAUCUCGCUCAGAAGCACUUUUUAUACAACAACUGCCGUGGACUUCAUCAACAGAUUGGCAAGAAAAAAACCUUCUGGGGUUUGGCUGUUUGUUCUGAACCAAAAGAGGAACCUUUGUUUUCAUGAGAACAUGUAUAUGAUGUAUUUUGUUUAUCUAUUAUGAUAUACAGGGCUGAUAUAAUAAUGCACUUUGGAUGUUAGCUUUUUCUGAUUCUGUGUGUGUGUGUGUGAGUGUUUGUGAUGAUGUGUGUGAUGAUGUGUGUGUGCAGGUUGGCCAGUUAUCACCGUAUCCUUCAGCGGACAGUGGCUGUGUACGUACCUAUGAGUUGCUGCCUGACGUUAAACUGCGUUACGCUGGUUGUUAAAGCACACGGCUCCUCGACGCUCCGUCUCUGAGCGGGACAGACAAGAUCUUUUAUUUGUUGUUCGUUUUCAGGGGAAGUAUGUUUCCCAUAAACCUAUCAUGUCAUCUCAUUUACACUUUUUUAAAGUUUUAUUAUCCGACAAUGAGUAUAACGAACUAUGACACUACUUUGCUUCAACUUGUUCUGUUAAGGGUUUUUCUCUGUGUGUGUGUGUGUGUGUGUGUGUGUGUGUUUGAUCGAGUGUUCAGGUAGGAUCUUAUCUUUAGAGUCAGCUCGUUGGGAUCUUCCAGCUGCUGAUGCAUCGUCCCCACAGUUACCUUCAUUAUCUGCUGUAUGACGGCGUUUUGCAGGGCCAACGACCAACUUUUAUUAUCGACUCUUCUGUCAGGAGAAUCCGUUUUGCUGUCUGCUAAUCUGACGUCUACAUCUUGGACUGAAACUCUUCAUCUAUAUUUUGUGAUAGAAGCCCACAAACUUUCUGUGUGAACAAAACCGGGGUUUCAAGUUUUUGCAGUCGUGGUGUUUAAGCAGUCAGAUUAUUUCCAUUUCUUCCAGUUUUCCAGCAUUAUUCUGACCAGGUUUGAUGUAAAAUAAACAAGUAAAUGAAUGAACAUGGCCCGAAGAAAGCACAUGGAAGGAGGCAUUCAGCAGAAACGUGGCCGUAGUGACGGUUUCGGUGAUGGCUGUUAACUGAACCCAGAUCUCACAUCCGUCUGUCGUUUAUUUAAAUGCAGGUUGACCUCUGUUGCUUUGUAUUUUCUUCUGCUCUUCAUCAUUGUAUUCUGCAGAAAUCACUUCAUAUUUGGAUGUUACGAUGCAAUGUUCAUUAAACAUACAUGUUUAAAGUGACAA